CGGAGGCGGGCGGAGGGAGGCGGCGGCGCGCGGAGACGCAGCAGCUGCAGCAUGUCGGCCGGCGGAGCACCAGUUCCGCCGCCUCCGAAUCCUGCCAUGUCCUUCCCCGCGCCGCGGGUCACCCUGCCCGCCGGCCCCGACAUCCUGCGGACCUACUCGGGCGCCUUCGUGUGCCUGGAGAUUGUGUUCGGAGGACUCGUGUGGAUCCUAGUCGCCUCCUCCAAUGUUCCUCUACCUCUGUUGCAAGGAUGGGUCAUGUUUGUGUCUGUGACAGCUUUCGUCUGUUCCCUUCUCUUCCUGGGCGUUUUCCUCUCUGGCGUGGUGACUCAGAUUAAUGCCAAUUGGAAUUUCCUGGACUUCGCUUACCAUUUCACAGUCUUUGUCUUCUACUUUGGAGCCUUUUUGCUGGAGGCAGCCACCACGUCGCUGCACGACCUACGCUGCAAUAGAACCAUGACUGUGGAGCCACUCCUGAAGGAUAACCAGUAUAACAUAAACGUGGCCGCCACAAUUUUUGCCUUUGUGACGACAGCUUGUUAUGGUUGCAGUUUGGGUCUGGCUUUACGAAGAUGGCGACCGUAACACUCCUUAAAGACUAACUGCUUGUGUGUUUCAUUUGUGUACUUUUUAUGUCUUGAUCAAUUUGGGUACCAUUUUGUUCAGAUAUAACAAUAUCCCCAAAGUAAUUUGUUUGGUAUAUAGAGAGAAUCUAAGUAUAAGUUUGGUUUAUUUCAUAGAUGGAAAUUUUAUUAUGAUGUUAAACAGAGAAAUGACCUUUAGUUUUACACUUAUCUGUCUCUUUUUUUUUUCUCAUUUUAAAGAAAAUUUCCUUUUACAUCCAUAAAAUACAUAGACAUCAUUCAUGAAAAAGGGGUAUCUCUUGUAUUUAGUUGCCAAAUCACCUGAACCUUAAUUUUAAUAGGUAACUAAAACUAUUUAAACACAUUUAAAAUAAGAUUCCCACUGAACUCUGUGUUUUAGUGUAAAAUGGAGAUCAGCAUUCUUUUUCUCUAAAGGUACUUGGCCUGUGGGCUACAGGCUAUCGUUUGCUGACCUCUGGUUUAAAACCUUGGUUAUGGGUUUUGUGUUUUAUUGAGCUGAUCCUCAAAGGUCUAAAGUGAAUUCGACAAGCCACAUAAUAUUUAGUCUCAUUCAAUAAUCACGUUGCCUUUGGGUUAAUGAUCAAACAUUUACCCUUGAAGCAGCUAUAGCAUCUCAAGCUAAUUCAAGUAGAGUCAUGAGUACAAGAAAAAGUAAUUUAUGAAGUGAACCCUAGUGGCUUAAUCCACCUAAGUGUUUUCCUAACAACUGAGCAAAAUGUUUACCUGGCAUUCUUAAAACGAGAGCCCCAGAGACCCCUAAGCCACUCCUGAAAUGGGUAUAUAGUGCCUGAUGUUUUACUUUGGGUUUAUUUAUGCUUCAAAUAGCAGCUGUUUGUCCUGUGCAUGAAUAGAUGAGUAUUUUUAUGUGGAUAUCUGAGGCUUUACCCAGUAGAGCUCUCCAAAGGGUAAACUUUUUACUUCUAAUUCUUUCACAUGACUCUAAGUUAACUUCAAACAGAACAUGAGAUGUAACUUAAAGUUGUAGAUUCUCAUCUAGAGAAUAGUCCUAUGUUGUUUUGCACUGGUGAGAAAUACAUAGAAUCAGUUUUCAAGCAACAGUGGUCACAAAAGCUAUCUCUGGCUGAAUAGCACAGAAAAGUAUUUUAGCCCACCUCGGAGACCCUGGUCAUGGCAAAGUGCCAAAAUGGCUUGAGAACAAGUUAGAGUUAGGCCCCAGCUCACACCACCUGUCCAAAUGAGAUACUUAUCUCUUGCCCAAGAGGGCUACCUCUGGAAAAAGAGGGCUUUUGAUUAUUUUAUACUUUUAGCCCUUUGUAUUUUGGUUGAAUCAUCCCCUACAAGUGCCAUGUAUAAGUUGAGCAAUUGGAUUUCAUGGAACAUGGAACAAUCCUGAAUAAGCAGCAUAAUCAAUGCUCACUGAUCAAAUGCUGUUUAUGUAAUAAUCCCUUAGGAAGAAGAAUCUUAUUAGGGUUUGGUUUAUGAUGUAACUGUAAAGAUAAAAGGUAUAUUUAAUAUGUGGCAAGAGGAAACCAGUCUUAUGACUUUAUCAUAGCAUUUCUAUAAAAAUCCAACUUCCUUGGUUUUUCCAGUUCCAUACCACACACUUAAACCUGUAUUAUAAAUGGUCUAUUGCAAAGUCAUAAAUGUGCCAUAAGGAUAUAUCAUCGAUUCCGGCUGGAAUUGUUAAAAGUCUGCUAGAUUUAGUCGUGAGAUUAUAUUUUUAUUUCCAUGGUAUAACAGGUCCAUGCUGCUUGGUGGCAUUAAAUUAAAUGAUUUCAUGAAACUGCCUUGGUGGCACUUUUAUAAAUGGAUUGCUUCUCGAUCAUAAAGAACCAAGCCUAGAAGUCAUUUAACUGUGAAUAUUUAGAAUUGUAGAUUAAUCAUGAUCUAGAUUUGGGAGUUGACUGGCAAAGCACUGAACAAAAAUUAUAGCAUUUGAGUAUUUCUUUGUAUACCUUAGCUGUAAAAAUGAGAAAGUGUUGGUUGGUCUUAAAAUCUGGUAACUCCAUGAUGAAAAUAAAUUUAUUUUAUAAGUGUUAUGACUCUAAUAAAGUAUUCAUUUGAUAAUC